AUGGGUCAAUCACCUUCAGUCCCAGUUGAACACGCUCGUCUUACCUUUCUUCGAAACAGUCUCAGCAACAAUACCAUCCAAUGCGACGCCUUGGGCAUUCAUUAUCAACUCUCGACUCCCAAAGGAAUAAAGGCCACAUGUACCACGACGGUGUCUAGAUUGGACGUACGUCUGGAGAAAAAUAUACCUGUUGCUGAAUGGGAGAAAAAGAUUUUUGGAUCUGAUCGAAUUCAAUUUACCUCUAACCGCCCGUUGAUUGGAGAUGGUAAGGAGUCUGAGGAUGGGUUUAUACCGAUAGACUCGUUCUUCCCUCGGACUGGUGGAAUGCGGUGUUCGACUCGCUUCCGACGUUCGUUCACUGUCAACGGAAUAACAUAUACCUGGAGGUCUCGUCAAUUUUCACUCACGCUGUACCGCGGAGACGAUGACGUCCCAGUCGCAACGUUCGCCGAGAGACGGUGUUUCAUCCACCGUCGAAAGCCAUAUAUCACGCUUGGACCGGGCUGCGAAGAUAUCCUUGACCAAUUGUUAGUAACUUGUCUGUAUGCUGAGCAGAGGAGAAGAGCGGCCAAGAGACGACAGCGAGCAGCUGGCGGUGGUGGUCCAUGAGCUGGACCAUCUCAGUUCAUGUGAAUCUAUUAAUCGACUCCCUUUUUCUCUUCUCUUUCUUAGCUACACUCUCUUUACG